AUGGAAGCAGCUCUAUUGGAUGCCACUACCAACUUAAUAUUGGAAAAAGUGGUUUCAAUUCUAGUGGAAGAGAUCAGCCUCGUAUGGGGAUUCAAAGAAGAAAUGGCUAAGCUCAAACAAUCAUUGACCAUGAUUCAAGCCGUGUUGAAUGAUGCCGAGAGACAGCAAGUAGGCAAAAAGUCCGUUGAACUCUGGUUGGAAAAUCUUAAAGAAGUAGCCCACGAAGCCGAUGAUGUCGUAGAUGAAGUCCAUUACGAAAUUCUACGACGUAAGGUGGAGAUUCGAAAUCAAAUGAGGAGAAAGGUAUUCUUCUGCUUUACGCUUUCCAACCCAGUGGUCUUCCGUUUCAAUAUGAUUCAGAAGAUUAAGAACAUUAACAAAUCCUUAAAAUAUAUCAACGAGCAAGCGACUGAGUAUGGACUCCAAAGAGUUGUUGUAGAAAUGGCUCCUGCUCAAGUGAGGGUAAAUCGAGAGACUGACUCAUUCAUUAAAGAUACAGAAGUUGUAGGAAGGAAAGAUGAGUUGUCAAAAUUAGUUGAAAUGAUAACAAGCCAGAGAAAUCAAGAAGAUGUCUCUGUUAUUCCCAUUGUGGGAAUGGGUGGUUUAGGCAAGACAACUUUAGCAAAGUCGGUCUAUAAUGAGGAUCAAAUAAAGAGACAGUUCGAUGUGAGAAUUUGGAUGAUGUGUGGAACGAUGAUCAUACCCUGGGAAGAUUUUAAGAGUUGUCUGGAAAGGGUUAAUUCAGUCAAGGGGAACAAAAUUCUAGUCACUACUCGUAGCAUUCGAGUGGCAUCAAUUGUGAAGACAAUCCAUGAGUCGUUUCAUUUGGAAAAAUUAUCAGAAGAAUAUUGUUGGUCCAUAUUCCAAGAAAAAACAUUUACAAAUGGAGGACCUAUAAGGACAUCAGAAUUGGAGGCCAUAGGAAGAGAGAUUACAAAAAAAUGUGAUGGUGUGCCAUUAGCAGCGAAGGUAACUGGAAGUCUGAUGAAGUCCAAGAAGGAAAAACAUGAGUGGUUGUCAAUUUUAAAUGACGGAGUAUGGGGUUUAGUUGGAGGUGAAAAUGGGGUCCAACCAAUACUUAAGUUAAGUUUUGAUCAUUUACCGUCCCCAUCUUUAAAACAAUGCUUUGCAUAUUGUUCAAUUUUUAUCAAGGAUUGCCGCAUGGAAAAGGACCAACUUAUCCAGCAAUGGAUGGCACAUGGAUUUCUUCAACCACAGGAAGGUAGUAAGUCUAUGGAGGAUAUCGGCAAUGAUAAUUUUCACAUUUUGUUGGAGAAUUCCUUAUUUCAAGAUUUGGAAAGGGAUGAUUAUGAAAUCAUUAGAUAUUGUAAGAUGCAUGAUUUGGUCCACGACCUUGCACAAUCUAUUUCGAAAUCUGAGUGUUUUGCUCUAGAGGCUGGUAUGAAAAAAGAGAUUCCACUUGUUCAACAUUUAGCAUUAUACGGUAAUGGAGACAGAAUUGGUACAAUUCAACAAGAAAGUGCUAAAAGGUUGCGUACAUUAUUCUUGGGGAGUGUUGUGCUUGAAAACAAGUUUUCGAACUUUAGAUGUUUGCGAGUCAUGAACUUUUGUGGGGCUAAUAUUAGAGAAUUACCAAACUCAAUAAGCAUGUUGGUACAUUUAAGAUAUCUUGACUUGUCAAACACUAAAAUUAGAAUUUUUCCGGAAUCUGUUGCCAAGCUCUACAAUUUGCAAACACUAAGAGCACUCUUGUCGCCCAUUGUGGAGCUCCCAAAAGAAUUGAGGAAUCUGAUUAACUUAAGACAUUUGUAUUUUUAUGACUAUCCAGGCCUCCAGAUGCCACUUGGGAUGGGGAAGUUAACUUGUUUGCAAACUUUACCAGUUUUUAAUGUGGGUCAAGAUGAGGGCCGUCUAAUUGAAGAGCUCGGAUCUUUAGAAAACCUUCAGGGCAAGCUAGAGCUAAGCAAUCUCCAACAUGUGAGUAGUAGAGAGGAAGCUCAAAAAGCACAGUUAUCAAGAAAGGAAAACAUAUUUGAACUGAGAUUUGAAUGGAAUCUGCAAAGGAAAGAGAAGAACAGUGAUGAGGGUGUCUUGGAAGGCCUCCAACCUUCUCCAUACUUAAAAGGCUUAAAGAUCUACUCAUAUGCCGGUAAUAACUUUCCAUCAUGGAUGAUGAGGAUGGCGGUAAGUAUUGAUGGUGACGGUGCCUUGUUACCACUCAACAAUUUGGUGAAUCUUGACUUAACCAAUUGCGAAAGAUGUGAACAAAUCCCAAUGCUCGGCCAACUACCGCUUCUUCGGUCUCUAGGGUUGGAUGGAAUGGACAAUAUCAAAUGCAUAGAUGAGUCCUUUUAUGGUCGUGAUUGCAAUCUGUUAGGUACCAGUCAUAGUGGGGAAGAAGCAGAGGCAUUGUUUCCUUCUUUGAGAAAAUUCGAAUUGCGGAAUAUGCCCAACCUACAAGACUGGAUGGAGGCAGUAGACGCAAGCACAGUGCCGGUGUUUCCUUGCUUGAAUUUCUUGAGAAUUAUUGGUUGUCCUAAGUUGAAAAGUGCUCCAAGUCAUUUUCCAUGUCUUAAGGUAUUGAGAUAUUUUGGUGUUAAUAGUGGUAGAGCCUUAGAAAGGAUAUGCAGCAAAUUAACUACUCUUACGGAGCUCAACAUUAGAAGCGUAUCAGAGCUUUCUUCUUUGCCAGAUGGGUUGUUGGAGAAUAAUAAAAGUCUAUUGUAUUUUGAGAUACAAAGCUGCCCCAUGUUGACACAUGUUCUGCACGUGUGGAAUUGGGGUUCCUUUCUCCUUCGAUCACUGACAAUUAAUGGUGCCGAGAAACUAAGCAAUUUUCCAGAUGGUCUCCAAAUGCUUGUGAAUCUUAAGAGGUUACGGAUUGUAAAUUGCCCAGUUCUCAAGUCAAUUCCAAGCAUCAACAGUCUCACAGCCCUCGAAACGUUGCAGGUUGAAUCAUGUGAGAAAUUAACUUGUUUGCCUAGUGGAAUACACUGCCUUACCCGCUUAGUCAACUUAAGGGUUGGUCCUUUCUCGGAGGAUCUCAAUUCUUUCCCUAGUCUUGAAGGUGUCCAGCACUUGCAGGCAUCCCUUCGUCAGGUAAGCUUGUAUGGGUGGCCUCAUUGGAACUUCAUUCCAGAGCAGCUUCAACACUUCACUGUCUUGAAGAGUAUAAAACUAUCUGGAUUUGGAGUGGAAGCUUUACCCGAUUGGUUUGAGAACUUUUCAUCUCUUGAAUCUCUAUCUCUAGACUGGUGUGAAUCAAUAAAGUAUCUGCCCCCUUUUGAAGCCAUGCAGCGCCUCACUAAGCUGCAGAGAUUGUUCAUUAGCAACUGUCCCCUCCUAGAGGAAAGAUGUGCCAAGGGGAUUGGCCCCGAAUGGUCCAAGAUUUCACAUAUUCCAAAUAUUCGUAUAGGCACAGAAUGGCAAUAGGAAGCAAUGAAGAAGCUGGUAGAUGUCAUCUUAAGCAUAAAAGUUGCCAAUAUAUUCUUCGUUAUGCCAGUGUCAUUUUUACCACCCUCUCACUUUGCAUCUGUUGGACGGCAGGAUCUGCACACUUACGAGAGUUCCUAGCUAAUUGCUGGAUGGUCCAAAGAGAUCUGAGGCUUCUAGAACUUCAUUGAGGUAAGACUUAGCUUAAUCUAGGCAGCCAAUAGACAUGGUCUUCUUGUAUUAUAAAAUUUUAUUUUAUUUAAUUUGUUUAUAAUCAUGUUUAUGUCGAAUUUGUAUGGGGUACACUUUGUGUUUAGAAAAUUCGAAUCUUGUUUUACUAAACUGUGUCUGUCACCAACACACACAAAAAAAAUGUAUUGGUUUGUGACACCACCUCUGUCAAUUUAUGGGACUUCUUUUUUCUUGGGUGCAAUUAAGGCCCAUUUCAGUUCAUACAUGCUUAGACAAUGGUUCGACCAAUUUUCAUCGUUAUUUACCAGACAACCACUGUUCAAUUGCACAUGUUCCAGAAAGGUAAUCGGGCACACACUAAAACAUAUUGGUCGCGUCGGCGUGAGAUGGUAUAGGGUUAUACCCAUGGAAUGCUAAAAAAAAGUUGGACUUUGCUAGAGAUUGAGGCGAUAUCGCGACAUAGCAAAACAUUGUCUUGGCCGCACGCCCUAGAAGUCUACGAUGCAACCAUGAGACAGGUAACCUUUUAUUUAGCUUCUUACUUCAUUCUAACUGAUCGUCCCAAUUUUAUAAAUUUUUAGUGAAAGGUAUUCUAGUUUGUUGUUCUAUAAUUAUUAGUAUGUACUGAAAUGAAUUUUUGUAAGAUCGGUUAUUUAUAAUUUUUCGAGACUGCAUUUUUCGAUCAAUUCUUGAUUUGACAAUUUUUACAACGAAUUUCUUCAUCAGUUAUCCUAUUAUCUCUUGCUAGCAAAUCUGAGACAUCCAUGUACUUUAAAAUAGGAUUUACUUUAUUUCCGAUAAACCUUGAUGUAUUAAGUCCUAGGUUUGCCAUAAUUUUGCCACAAAAUUUUGUAGCUUCUCGGCAAAGGGAGGUCAUGGAUCAUGAAGCCACUGAGGAUGGAGGUAAUCAAAAGCAAUAUGGAUCCAGAAAACUGAUAGGCAUUAAGGAGUGAGGAAUAAGCAUAUUAUAGUUUAACCUCUGAUUCUAUGCAGGAUUUGAAAUUUAGUUUAAAGGAGUGUAAUAUGUAUUCAACUCUUAAUGUAACUUUUGUGAUAAAACUAUUGUACUGAUAUUUGCAUUACUAAGGGAUGAUCUAAUCAACUAAAAUUGUAUCAUCUUUGUAGAAAAAUUAGCUUAUUCGUACUUUGUCUUGAGCUACUUUGCAGUGAGGUUCAUAUUAAGCUUCCACACCCUUGCACUGACUACAUCUCAAACAUGAUCAAGCAAAAUAACCUCAACUAGUGAAUUAGCAUAUGAAUAAAUUACCACAGCCAAAUUUCAUCCUCUGUUGCAGAUGUUGGUCGUUUAUAGUCAAUCUUAGAGGUAUAGUCCCUCAUCUACUCUCCCUUGGGAUUUUUUCUUCAGGUACUGGUAGCUUUUAGAACUUUGUCAGUGGCUAUUAUGCUAUUGUGAGCCAUGCUUAACGAGGUUAGGCGAACAAAAAAAUUAAAGAGAAGUUUAUCUCGUGGCUUUUCUUUUAUGCAAAUCGAGAAAAGCCUACUAUCCUUGGCUCAUUUUGCACUACUUGCAAAUCUUGCUCUCCUUGGUUCGUUUUGAAGGUGACAAAGAAACAUGCAAUGUCAGUUGUUUUUCCUUACAAAGAGAUGGUAUGAUUAAUUCAAUUUGUAUCAAGUUUUGUUGAAAAAGUAGCUUAUGGUCUAAUUAACCCAAUUCGUAGCCUAUUUGUUGAGAAACUAGCUUAUCCUUACUUUAUCUUGGGCUACUUUGUAAUCAGGUUCAUGUUAGGCUUCCACACCAUUCCCUUGGCUACAUCUUGAGCAUGGUCAAGCAAAAUAACCUCGACUGGUGGAAUCAACAUAUGAAUAAAUUACCACCUCCACAUUUCAUUCGCCGUUGCAGAUUUUUUUCAUUUUAUUGUGAAUCUUAGAGGUAGCACAAAUUUGUGCGCUUGUGAGGCAUGCUUAAAAAGGUUUGUUGAACAAAAAAGUCAGAGAGAAAUUUAUGUUGUAGGUUUUCUCCUUUGCGAAUUGACAAAAUGUUGCUCUACUUGGCUCGUUAUGCACUACAAGGCUUCUCGAUUACACAAGACAUGGAGGUGAAAUAGAGACGCAUUUUCAACAGUUAUUCUAUUUCUAGGAUAAGUUCUGCCAUUUCUACUUCAUAAAAGGAACUAGCAGAUUAGUGGAUCAUUACUGUGAUGAUCAUAUAACAUAAUGAAGGUUCCGUUGUCCAAAGUUUCAGAUUUUCAUGCCAGUAAUUGAGCAACUGGAAAUUCAUAGUGAGACUACAUUUUUUUCUAUCAGUUCUUAAUUUGCCAAUUAUUAUAAGGAAUUUCUUCCUCACUUACCAUACUAUCUCUUGUUAAUAAUAUGAAACAUACAUGUAUUUCAAAACACGUUUUUCUCCCCUUCCCUUAAACCAUGACGUAUUACUUGUAUUUCUAAACUUGCUUUUGCCACAAACUUUUGCAAUUUCUCAACAAAGAGAGGUCACAGAUGAUGAAGUCACUGGGUAUAGAGGUAAUCAAAAGCACUAUGGAUUUAGAAAACUGAUAAGUAUUUAGGAGUAAUGAAUAAAAUUAUAGUUUCAUCCCUGAUUCUAUGUAGGAUUUGAACUUUUUCAAAUUUUGUUUAAAAGAGUAUAACAGGUACUUAAUUCGUUGGGAUACAACUCUUGUAUUCAUAUCUGCAUUACUAAGAGAUGGUCUAAUGAACCCAAAUUGUAUCAUCUUUGUUGAAAAAACUAGCUUCUCCUUACUUUAUUUUGAGCUAUUUGGUAAACAUGUUAAUAUUAGGCUUCCACACCCUUCCCCUGGCUGCAACUCGAACAUGACCAAGCAAAAUAACCUCAACUGGUGGAAUCAACUUAUGAAUAAAUCACCACCUCCACAUUUCUUCCUUUAUUGUAGAUUUUGUUCAUUUUGUAGUCAAGCUUAGAGGUAUAGUCCCUCAUCUACUCUCAGUUGGGUUUUUUUCUUUAGGUACUGCUAGAUUUUAGAACUUGUCAUUGGCUCUCUACAAUAAUAUGAUGCAAGUUUCAUAAAUUUCUGUUCUUGUGAACCAUGCUUAACGAGGUUAGGCGAAAAAAAACAGUCAAAGAGAAGUUUAUGUUGUGGCUUUUCUCUUUUUCAAAUUAAGCAAAUCUUGUCCUCCUUGGCUCGUUUUACACUACAAGGCUUCUGCAUUAGGCAAGGCAUGGAGGUAAAAAAGAGACGCAAAGUUUAAGUAGUUUUUCCACUUCAAGGAUAAAUGCUCCAGCUUGUGCCUUAUUAACAGAAAUGACAAGUUGUUGGAUCAUUACCCUGAUGCUAUAACCCAAUAAAAGAAUCGAUUGCAUUGAAAUUAUGGGACUAGCUGUUUGAAUUAACUGGGAUUUCUUGGGUGGUUCUAAGUUCUAUAUCAUGAAUGUUUUGUGUGGAUUAUAAUGGUUUUGGAAGAAGAAGUACUUUUUGGGAAUGUGCAAUUUUUGCCACUAUAUGGGUGAUUUGGUCGGAGAGAAUGUAAGAAUUUUUGAAGAUAAGUACAAAGAGAUUGAUGGUUUGUGGAACAGUAUAUAUUUUUUGGCAGCUUUUUGGGCAUUGGUCUGGAAAGAUUUUGCCCCAACACCUGUUUUCAGUAUUUUGCCAAGCUGGCAUGUGAAUGAAUGGUUAUUUUAUUUGUAGUGCUUCUGUUGCUGCUUUUAACUCUAUGUAGUGCUUUUGUUGGUGUAUAGACACAUUGGCUGUACUAUCAUUAUGUACUACCUCCUUUUUCAUUGACAAAAUUGUGUUUUACUAUAAAAAAAUAACACAAUAAAAGGUUCCUCUGUUCAAAUUUUUAGAUAUUCAUAUUUGGAAUUAAACAAUUUAGGCCCAACAUGGACUCAGAUGUUGGACAUCGGUCUCGUUGGCAUGAAAUGUUAGAGGGUUACACGCAUGAAUGCUAAAAAGAAAAAGUUGGAAAUUGAUAGAAAUUGGGGCGAUAUUGUGGUGUCACAAAAGAGUGUCAUGGCAGCACGAGAUGAUGACUACGACGAGUUGUCCGAGACCUCUCCGAGCUAACCACAAGCCAAGUAACUUUUAUUAAGCUUCCUACUUCAUUCUAAUUGGUUAUCCAACAUUCUAAAUUUUUAAUGAAGCAUAGUCUUGUUUCUUACACUGCAAUUAUUGGUAUGUACUAAAAUGGAUUUUUACAUGAUGGACAUUUCAUAAGUUUUUGAGACUAUUUUUUUCUAUCAGUUACUGAUUUGGCAAUUGUGACAAGAAAUUUCUUCCUCACUUACCUGCCUACUCUUUUUAACAAACCUGUGACACAUCAUGUAUUUUAAAACAUUAUUGCAGCUUUAGUUUGCUUUAUUGUCAAUCUAAAAGGUGUAGUCCCUCAUCUAGAUUUUACAACUUGUCUUUGGCUAUUUGUGAUAAUAUGAUGUAGGUACCACAAAUUUCUGCUCUUGUGAGCCUGGAUGUACAAAUUAGACAUGGAGUUUCAACAGUUCUGCUUCCAAGAUGGAUUCUCGUGUUUAUGCCUCAUAAAAAGAACAAGCAGGGUAAUGAGAACGGAUGCAUGAGUUCUGUUACAAG